AUGACCGCUUGCCGCCGCCAGAACCCUUUGAGGCGAUCAAAAAUGUGCGAGCUCCCGGUAGAACUCUUGUCGGAGAUCUUCGACCUAUGCGUUCUGGCUACGAUUGAGCCAGGGGUAAACUCCAACGACCCAAGCGCGCCGCUCAAUAUCAAUACGGAGACUAUUCGCGUUCCUCUCACUUUGUCGAGCGUGAACAGACGCUGGAGGCAGAUAGCGUUGAGCCAAGCUAGUUUGUGGGCGAACAUCUGCAUCACGGAAGAGUUGAUAUCCCAGCGCCACCUCGACGGCAGACACAUAACGACCUGUCUUGCGCGUUCUCGACACCACCCUCUAACUAUUCUCAUCGACAGUCGGGACCCGGAUUGGGAUUUCACAGAAGCAGACGUCGGCAUCGACGUUGAGACGACCUUGUGUAGCGUGUUAUUCACGCCCACUCAUAUGAGCAAAGUAAUCGCUCUUCUUCUACCCCAACUUCCUCGGUGGAGAGCUCUCACAAUCCUUACCGACACAUGGGCCCCAAUGCACGCCGCUCUGACAUCCAUGAAUCUAUACAUCAUCCGCCUCGGUGCUCCGCAACUUGAGUCACUCAUACUCAUGCGGUGCAACGAUUUUGUCAGCUUCGCCGACCGGUUCCAACCAGAGAACUUGAAGGAUCCGGGGUUUCUCAGUGGAGGGAGGGAAGAGGCAGCUAACAUGUUGCCCAGUCUGAAGCAUCUUGCUCUCGCUGGCGUCCAUGUCGACUGGGACGCUCUAGCAGCAUCGUCAGCGGACCUCACGUACCUCCAACUGUCAUCACACGCUGCCAACGUCCGACCGGCCGUCGAGCAAUUCCACCGAUUGCUCCAAGCCAACCCCAACCUCCGCGAGCUGUGCCUCAGCGGCUCUGGUCCUCAAGAGCGUGAAACUGAUGUCCUCCAUCGUGUCGUUCCGAGCUGCGAACAAGUCCACCUCCCAAGUCUCAAAGAGAUCACGCUAGGAUACCGGAAAGAACACGAGGGCGAAACCCUCUUCCGAAUGCUCGACGCUCCGAACCUUCAGACUCUCACCCUCGAAGACGCCACCUAUCCUGCCGACCCCGUCGAUGUCAACGCCGGCAGCAUGCUCGUCUACCUUGCGACGAGGGAGUCUCCAGAUAGCACCAGCGUUUACAAGGCCGGCUAUUCACCCCCAGCCGAGGUGCAGCCGCAACUAGUCUGCAGCCGCUGCAGCCUGGACAACGCGGAGCAACGCACAACACGCGCAGCCUUCCCCCUUCUCCAGCGCCUGACGAUGAAGAACCUCAAAGCUCUCCACUACCCCUUCCGCACGUUCUUUAACGCACACGCACAUCUACAGCACGUCGAGCUCGAUGGAAUGACGGUUCUACCCGUUUACGCCUUGAUCCCAGGCGUCGGCCGUUCCGUGUCCUCGAACGAGUUGACCUGUCCGUGUCCUAGACUCCGCAGCCUCUGCCUCAAAAGCACGGAGCAUAUGGCUGUGCACGACCUCGACUUUGUCUUUCACCAGCUCGGCGAUCUGCGCGAGGCCCGUGGGGCACUCCCGCUUGCAAAGGCGGAAAUCCACGUUGAUGGGGAGCUGCAUGCGAAGAGUCUGAGGAUGUCGGCGGAGUAUGCAUCGGCAAGGACGAAAUUUGUGGUUGUGGAUGGGAGCGCCGGGGGCGAGGAGGUCGAUAUGGAGGUGGUGACAACCGAGGAGAAGAGAGAGACGACUGUGUCGUACGGAUAUCACGGAAGGACGAACGAAAGUGGCCUUCCACGCACCCCAGUUCCCUACAUGGUCCCACAACAACCUAUUACCGCGCACUGA